AUGCAGCAACUACGGAGUACGGAGUAUGACUACUCCGUACGAUGUCCGGAAUAUUCCAGCAUCAAAGAGCGUUUAGCAGUAACGGCCCAAACCGGUGCCGGGCAGCACUGGUUCCCCUUUUCUUUUGGCUGUGACGAUGUUGGUUGGACUGGUUUCCAUCUCGACAGACUCGUAUUGAUCGACAUGGCGACAAAACACGGCAGACAAGGAGUGGAAGAACCGGCGCCAGAAUGUUUCCCAAUCAAUAUGAAGAAGAAUUGCAGCCUAAGGAGUAUACAUGGAAGAGUGAUAGUUACUCCAUACUCCGUACAGUGUGUCUCGCAGGAUGGCGGCCAUGCUGUUUGUUCCGUCAGCCGUGUGGAUGAUUCCUCCUAUGACUAUCAGGGAAAGGCGCCAGAAGUCCGGGUUCCGGCCAGGGGAAAGUGCGAGCCCCUGGCGGCCUCGUACCGAUGUUUAAUUAAGGGAAACGAGCUAAAGUACGGUCAACCGAGGAACCUGGCUGGGGACGGCAGCCUGGAAAAUGGUGUAGGCUGGCGAAAGACGACCAGAAACGAUGGAGUACUGACGGUCCUUCUUCACACCAGCAAUGCUCGAACGUCUUGUGUGCAUGAACCCACGACCCCCGUUCGAUUAGAAAUCUUCGAUCGCAAAGAUGUUGUCUCUCUUGCGCGAUUAGUUUGA